AUGCUUAAUAAUGUUUACAAGGCAAGCCUAACUAUACCGCUAAGCUUUUCAGUAUAUUUCUAUUGGCAGAGUGUCAAAUUCUACCUGUCAAGGAGUGAACGGAUCCUCUCUGCAUGGAAUUUCAUAGUGGGAGUCACUUUACUCAUCAUUACAUCUACUUACUCAAUUAUUUGUGGUCUGGGAGUUACCCUUGCUAAUUUCUGUGAUAAUAUAAGGGGGAAACCGUUCAAUGCACUAUCUCAACUGGAUCCUUACCCCGUAAUACUUAUAAACGUGCCAAUAGCAACAUUGACACUAUCAAUUUGGUCUUUGUAUGGAAUCUACAUAAUACUGGGUGAUGUAAAUACGGUGAACUAUGUACUGAUCAAAUCAUUCACCAUCAACUCAGCAUUGACACAAUUACUAUCUAUCACAAACUGCGGUAUAUUUGUAUAUUAUAUGGCUAGAAAAAGCGUUAGUACUAGCACUGCGCAACAAAAAACAAAUUAA